CUGGUAUGGUGGGCCCCAUCCUGGAGAUGACUCUGAUCCCAGAGGAGGAGCUGAGGAGAGCAACCAUUCCCAUUUUCUUUGACAUGAUCACCUGUGAAUAUGCACACUCUGGGAACUUCCUCAAGUUUGAGAAUGAGAUCAUUCUGAAGUUGGACCAUGAGGUGGAAGGAGGUGGAGGGGAUGAGCGAUACAUGCAACUGCUGGAAGCCAUCCUGUUGGAGUGUGCUGCUGAGAAGCCAGCACUGAAGCCAGAGGUGGAACACUUUGUCACCCUGGUGAAGGGACUCCUCGUCCGUCUCCUUGACUACCGAACAGUGAGGAGUGAUGAUAGCCGCAACAACCGCAUGAGCUGCACUGUCAAUCUUCUGAACUUUUACAAAGACAUCAACCGUGAAGCAAUGUAUAUCAGAUACCUCUACAAACUGAGAGACCUUCAUCUGGAUGUGGAGAACUACACAGAGGCAGCCUACACCUUGCUUCUCCAUUCUCGCUUACUCAAGUGGUCAGAUGACAUGUGUAGCCCUCAGUUUGAGUUUCACGGCUCCAAACCCAACGGCAGCUCAAAGAGACCCUCUAUGACACCAUCAUUGACUACUUCGACCAGGGCAAGAUGUGGGAGGAGGCCAUCACCCUGUGUAAGGAGCUGGCUGAACAGUAUGAGAAUGAGAUAUUUGACUAUGAGUUACUCAGCAAGAGACUGGAGAAACAAGCUAAAUUCUAUGAGAACAUUAUGAAAAUCUUAAGGCCUAAGCCAGACUACUUUGCAGUGGGCUACUAUGGACAAGGCUACCC